AUGACGGACCCAAAUGAACAUUUGACUGCGUAUACAUGUGCUAUUAAGGGCAAUGAUCUCGCCGAUGACGAAAGGGAAUCAGUGCUACUUAAGAAAUUUGAGGAAUCUCUGUCAAAGGAGGCGAUGAUUUGGUAUCAUAACUUGCCCGAGCAUUCAGUUGAUUCAUUUGCCAUGCUCGCUGAUGCUUUCGUUAAGGUUCAUGCCGGGGCCAUCAAGGUCGAAACACGAAAAUCGGACUUGUUCAACGUCAAACAACGAGAUGACGAGACCCUCCGCGAGUAUCAGUCGAAGAUCAGGGUUGAAGAUGAUAAGAUUUUGAGGGCUGCUUCGGUAUCAUGGCAUUCCGGUAAAGGGAGUGAUCGCUCGAGGAGAUUGGUAGAUCGGGAUUCCAGAUCAUCAUAUGACAGGUACCAGCCUUACCCACUCGAUCGAAGGGGAAACGGACGCAACAGCGAAUCAGGCAAGAGUGAUAGGAGGAAUGAUCGAAGGAACGACCGAGGCCAAAGUAGCCGUGGGUUGAUAAACAAAAAUACUGUUGAUAGAGCCUCGGGAAAUAGAGAAACUCCAAGGUUAUCGGAGUACAACUUUUGCAUCGAUAUAGCAACAAUAGCGGCGGCCGUUAUCCGAAACAUAGAAACAAGACAUCCAAGGCCAAUCCAAUCUGAUCCAGAGAAGCGGGAUAGAAGUCUUAUUUGUAAGUAUCAUCAUACUCACAGCCAUCGGACCGAGGAUUGUCGGCAGCUGAGAGAGGAGUUCGCUCGUCUGUUCAAUUUGGGGCAUCUUCGAGAAUUCCUAAGUGAACGAGCAAAAACCCAUUUCAAAAACCUGGACUCCAACAAGCAGGAUAGGCCGGAAGAGCCUCAGCAGGUGAUACACAUGAUCAUGGGAGGAACUGACGUUCCUAUUGGGCCGGUUGUAAAACACACAAAAAUUUCCAUAACGAGGGAAAAGCAUAUCCGGAAUGAUGACCCCGAUGGUCCCAUCACGUUCAAUGACGAGGACAUGGAAGGCAUCGCCCAGCCGCGUAACGACGCACUGGUAAUAACCGUCCUUGUCAAUAAGUUUAGAAUUAAACGCGUGCUAAUUGAUACAGGUAGCUCGGCUAAUAUCAUCCGAUGGAGAGUCAUCGAACAGCUGGGACUAUUGGAUCAGAUCGUGCCGGCAAUACGGGUCCUCAACGGAUUCAACAUGGCAUGCGAAACGACGAAGGGUGAGAUCACUUUACCAAUCAAUAUGGCAGGGACUACGCAGCAGACAAAAUUUUAUGUGAUAGAGGGAGACAUGGGAUACAAUGCAUUGCUGGGCAGACCGUGGAUUCACCUCGUGGAGCGGUUCCCUCGACUAUGCAUUAGGUAUUGA